AUGUGUGUGGCCGUGACACCAUUGGCUGUGUACGCUGCUGAGGUGGUUGCCGCCUUGGAGGUGGUGGGUGACGUCGCAGUUGAGGUUUCCGACCUUCACUUUCAAAACUCAAAAUUUACUUAUACGUUUAAUUCUAGAGAACCAUAUGAGCCAAAGCCAAUCUUGGGCGCUACACUGACAACGCUGAGCGGCAAAUCCAUUCCCAUGGAUGUUGUGCGAAUACAGCAACAAAAUCAAAUACUGUAUUCCUUCCUUUCCGUUGGUUGGGGACUCAUCUCAGAUAUUGAUAUCGAAAGCGAACGCCUACGUUCGCUUGGCUAUCAAAGAUUUACAAUUUGGACCUUACAUCGCCUUAUAAGUUUACGUACAUAUCGGGGCAAAGUGUCAUAUCUUCCAAAGGAUAAUUUUUACAUGGAAAGCGAUAUAAUAUCGCUAUCGGCGGCAGAUCCACUGCCAUUGAAGCAUAGUAGAAGUUGCAAUACCUGUUUGGAUAAACUGAACAGGGGUUGUUUUCAAUCCAAUGAAUGCAUUGAAGCAAGCAAAUAUUAUGAUGUAAUUUCACUACAAAACUCGCUGAAUCAAUCACUGCAUUCACGUUGCGACAGUUGGUUUUCACCUGGCUCCUGUCGCAGUACUUACCAUUCCGUCUCGGAAAGUAUUUAUCAGAGCGUAGAAGGUGAUAGCGACAGCGAAUCGCGGCGCCUACAUCUCAGCAAUUUGAGUGUAAAUUUUUGUGGUCCAACAGGUAAUGCGCCAACGCUUGAGGAGCCCGUACCCGACGACUGGAUUGUGGAGGAAGGUGAAUUCGUCAUGGUACAGGCAGCUUAUCAAACACAUUUGGGUAGUGAUUGUUUUUUUGUGCCACAGGCAAAAUUCAAUGACGGCAUCAUUUAUGUGGUCAUCAUACGUACCGGCAUAAGUCGUUCGCAGUUAUUGAACUUCAUGAUGGGCAUGAGUUCUGGCACGCAUGUGCCUGCGACUAAUAAUCAAUUUAUAAAAAUGGUGCCAGUGACGGCUUUUCGCAUAGAACCCUAUGACAAUGAGGGCAUCCUUACUGUGGAUGGUGAACGUAUUGAAUUUGGUCCACUGCAGGCGGAAAUCUUGCCCGGUAUGGUGCGAGUUAUGGCGCCAAAGUAAGCGUGACUGAGUAAGCGGCCGGUGUAGAAGGAUGGUAUAGAAUUCAAAGUGUUGUGCAACAUUAUUUUUUCAAUUCCAUUAUGAAGGCUUUUAUUGUUAAACAUUUUUAUAUUUUGUUAUAUUAUGUACUUUAUCAAUAUAUUGCAAUUAAAUGUCCAAAGUCGAAAAGUA